GGCUGCGAGGCCCCAGUGAGCGCCCAGCCACCAGCCAGCGGAGAGCGGUGAUGCGCCAUGCUGUCCUACAUGCUGCCGGUGGAGGAGAAGCCGCCGCUGCCCAAGAACAUGCAGCUGCAGCUGGAGCUGCGCGGCGUGCGCGCCAGCGCCACCGACAGUAGCGUCAGCACCACCAGCAGCUCCGCCGACACCAACACCAGCACCAGCGCCACGGCCACGGCGGGCACGCCCACGCCCACCGCCGACCCCGCGCCGGCGCCGCCGCCCGCCAAGACGCACCGCAACAAGCUCGUCGUCAACGGCACCAAGCACCCCCCGCUCAAAAGGGUGUCCUUCGGCAGCUCCAAGGGCUCUAUGGUGGAGACGCUGAUCUACGAGAGCCCUGUUCAGGAGGAGCCGGAGGCGAGCCCCAUCCUGGAGGACGCGACCCCUUUCCCGGCGGACGCCGACUCCGAAUCGGAGCCGAGCAAGCGAGUGCGGGUGACGUUCUUCGAGUCGCUGCGGCCGCUGGUGGUGAGCUCGCCGUCGCCGGAGCCGAACGCAGACCUGGUGGAGCCGGCGCCGCUGCAUGCGGCCACGCCCCUCGCCGUAACCAUGGCCACCGCCGUCGCCGAGCACACGACCGUCUACACGCGCCAGGAGAGCACGGACAGCGGCUGGGACAACCCGUUCCGCCCGGAUGGCGACCUGAGCCGCGAGGCAGAUGAGAUAGUGGAGCUGAUCAAGGGCGGCAAGCCCAUCACGCCGACGCCGGGCAGCACGGCGCCGCAGCUGCCGGAGCCCGCCGCUGCCGCCAGCGCCAUCGCCGGCGACGGCAAGGCGGCGGCAGCAGCGAACGCCGACGGCGCGCAGUCGCCGCAGCUGCAGCAGCAGCAACAGCAGCUGCAGGCCGCCAGCCCCCAGCUGGCCGCCAAGCAGGCGUCGCCGCUGCAGCAGCAGGUGGCCAACAGCAAGCCCGCCGCGGGCGCCGGCGCCAACGGCAAUGCCCCCGGGGCCGCCGCCAACGCCGCCCCCGACAGCAAGCCGGCGGCGGUCGAGGUGCAGCGCGGCACUGUCGUCCAACCCAGCGACGCCUCCCAGGUGGAGCACGUCGUCAUCAAGAAGAAGCCCAAGUGCAAGUGCUGCGUCAUACAGUAGACGGCCGACCGCCUCCACCAUCCACUCGAAUCGCACUGCACGGAGUGAACAUUUGCGAUGGCUUUCUCGUCACUUCUCCCCGGUCCACUAAACUUUUCACGAAUCUCGCUAAACGGACAAAACCAUCCGCGCUUCGGAAACGAGUAUUUGACGGACGUAGCAAUUCGGAGAGCUUACGUAUGCGAGAAUUUAAAAUUUCGUUGCAGACCGUUCCGUCAGAGAGCAAAUUUUUAAGCGUACGACUAACAAUAUUUCCAUUUUGAAUUCUUCUCCAAACGACACAAGAUUACAAGAGUUAUUACCACUUCAGUUUCAUUAAAGGGUUUUUACAAAUAAGUGCAUCACAUUGUCAAACACAAUUUGCUGCAGAGAAAUUUUUUUUUAAAAUAAAGUUUGACCAUCAGUUCUCGAUGAAUUGUAUAAUAAGAAACUGACCAGUAGAAACAUAACUGCACUUCCCACUACACUAUCAGAAUAGAGAAAACUUAAAAAAAAAAUAAAAAACAAAUAACACGCAAAUGUUCACUGCCACACUGAGGACCAUUAUCUGCUGUUU